AAUACUGCAAGCUAUAAGCCGAUGUUAUAAACUUUCGGCAGUUUCGAAUCUAUAGUGAAGAGUGCACACACGAAUACAAUGUUUGCGGUUAAAAUUGUUCUAUUACUCUUUCUAUCCAGAUAUGCAGGGGCACAACAAAGCUGUACCACACCAGAUAACAAAAGCGGUCGGUGCCUUUCCAUAGGGCAGUGCCCUACGAUGAUAGACUUCCUGAAUAACUCUCCGAAACCUUUUUCCAACGAUGUAAAAGAAUUGCUGAACAGAUAUGUCUGCACCUACGAGGACGAAGCUAUAAACACAAAAAUUUGUUGUCCUUCGGAUCCUAUUGAUAUAAGUGGAAGAAACAAAGAAGUCCCUCCACCUCCACCACCAGAUGUUCUGAACCAUGAAAAUCUUAAGCUACUUCCGGAGGAGUGCGGUCAGAUCAAUUCUGAUGAAAAAAUUCGAGGCGGUACUGAAGCAAGAUUGAGAGACUUUCCUUGGAUGGCACUUUUGGCGUAUAACACAGAUACUGGGCGCGAAUUUAAAUGUGGUGGAAGCAUAAUAAACGAAAAUUACAUCCUGACAGCAGCCCAUUGUAUAGUGAAGACUCCAUAUCCUCUUGUAGGAGUACGAGUCGGGGAAUACAGUAUUUUAUCGGAAAAGGACUGUGAAGAACAAAAACCAAACGAUUGCCUUCCAUCCCCUCAAGAUCUAACCGUGGAGAAAACUAUAGUUCAUCCUAAUUACAGCACCAAGAGUUUCUCCAAUGACAUUGCAUUGUUACGAGUAUCCAAAAUUAAUAUGGAAUCAGAUAGCAUUCAACCAGUAUGUCUGCCAGUAUAUGAAGAGGUUAUAACUCAAGACUACAAAAGGGGAAUUGUUACUGGCUGGGGAUUUACUGACCCUUACCGUAACAACGUUGUCGACAUACUCCAAAAGGUGGUCCUGAAGAAGCGCAACAUGACUGUCUGCACCGAGGCUUACAAGGUCCAAUCUCAGAUCAAGCUAUCCCACAAACAGAUUUGCGCGGGUGGUGAGGGAAUUAAGGAUUCGUGUGGAGGCGACGGUGGAGGUCCUUUCCAUGUGCCAGCUGAUUUCAACGACGACGUCAGGUUUGUUCAACGUGGCGUCGUGUCCAUAGGCCAUCGAUUAUGUGGAACGGAAGGAUUCCCAGGAAUAUACACGAAGGUUACCUAUUACGCCAAGUGGAUUUUGGACAAUAUUAAGCCUUAAUUGUAUUUAAAAAAGUUACGUUACUGUUUACAGUCGGUUUUAUACAAAAUAAUAAAAUUUUUGAAUGUUUAAGUGUGUUUGAUGCGAUUUAACUUUCAACGAAUGUCGAUUUAACAAUUCAGAUGGUGAAAAAACCAAUAGGUGGAAAUAUGCCAUCCAUUGUAAAAUUAAGAAAUUUAAUAAACGUUCUUUGUACUGUUUU